AUGACAUUGUAUGAGGCCAAGAAACGUGAGAAACAGAUUGGAAUAUCUGCUUCGUUCGUACAUUUUGAUGCUUUCCAGGAAGAACUUGAUUUUGAAAUAACGUUUAAUGUUGUUGUGUCAAACUUCUCAUUUCACUACGAUUUUGGAAAUGACUCAACAAUCAAAACUGCUAUCAACAACGUUUCGAAACAUCUCGUUCCAGGAGGCUUCUUUCUUGUGACAGUUCCGAGUGCUUCGACAAUAAUGACAUACAAAAAAGACGGCAAGUUAAAAAACAAGCUAUUUGAAACAUCGUUUAUGGAAAAAGAUUCAAACGGUUAUAUUUUUAAAAUAAUAGACACCAUGGAGCUCGGGUGCAUUGAAUAUUUUAUUGAUAAGAAGAAGCUUGUCGAAACACUCAAAGCCAACAAGAUGCAGGUCGUGUACACCCAAAAUUUCUUUGAUUUUAUUAUCAGUAGAGCUUCACUAGACCAAACUUGUGAAGCUUGA